UCUUCUAAAAAAAUAAUUUUUAAUAUAACAUAAUAAAAUGAGUGACUCCGAUAAAAAAGAACGAGUACAUUCUGUAGAGAGUGAUGAAGAUUAUUAUUUUGAAAUAAAUAUAACACGCAGUCAAUUAUCUGACAUAAUUUGUCGUAAUGAAGACUGUGAAGCAGCUCAAAAGUUUGCACUACGGGGUAUUGGACCUUUAGUGCCAGCUGAAUUAAAAGAUCCCUAUGAAUGUUAUGAAUAUUAUCCACCACCCGAGAAAAAACCGACUAAAAAUGCAUCAACUCAAAGUCCACGUAAAUUCCCAUGUGGAUCACCAAAUUGUAAAUACUUGAAUGUGUUUCCCGAUGGCCGAGUUUGUGGCGAAAGUGUAUGCAAAUUUAAAAACUCAAUUUGUGAUGAUCCAAGCGAUAUGAAAAAAUACACAGUGCAAGCUGUUUGUGGUUUAUGUGGUGGUUAUUCUAUAUCUGGCCAGACAUGUGAAAAUUUUAAUUAUUCGGAUCGACUAUUUUCGAAGGCAACUGUAAAUCAAAUAUCUUCAACAGACCCACCUGCGCCAAAACCUGUUUGCAAUGAUGAAUGUAGUAAACCACCAGAAAUGAAUAAAAAGAAAGCGUUAAAGCCACCUGUAUCUAUAUUACCCUUUGACCAAUUACAAGCAGCUGCACGUAAAGAACGACUUGUAACUCUAGUUGGAGUUUUUGAAGAGGUAAUAGGUCGCUUGCAGGAACUUGUUAUGUACGUAAUGGAAAGCCAUUUUGAUAUAUUCAAUCCACAUGUCAGCAAAACCUCUGGUCACCGUGGUCAAGUUUGGGCUAAUAAUAAAUUUUAUAUGUUCUAUGUUAAUUCAUCAACCAUUAUUUUAAAUUACGUUAGUGAAUUAUUAAAAAACAUAUGGAAUGAAUCUGUUAGAACAAAAUCUGCUACGAUUCCAAAACCGUUACCAAUACCUAAAGAUUUUCCACAAAUAUUGAUACCAGCGUGUCAAAGUGCAUCACAGGAUUUGGCAAAUUUUAUUGUUAAUAAUUUAGGUAUGAAAGCAAAUUACAAUCAAUUUGCGCAUUAUAUUUUGUCAAUAUUUCAAACUGCUAUUACAUCUAAUAAAAAUAAUAUACCACCUUUGGAAAUACCAAAUUCACCGAUUGUCAGCAAAGAACAUAUAGUGAUUAUGAAAAAAAAUAAAUCAUCCAGCCAAGAAAUACGUGGAACAGUAUUGUAUAAAUUAACACCUGAAAAUUAUCACCUCCCUGUCAGAUAUGGACAUUUAUAUUGUAUACCUCAAAAUCAAUUUGGUAAAAUGGUACCAAAGAAUAUGGGUUGGUUAUGGAAUUUAGGAGAAAAAUUGGGUAGAUUAGAGCCAUUACGAUAUUAUCGACCAGGUGCAGUUUCUAGAGUUGUUGCAAGCAUAAUUAAACAGCAUAAAGCUGAAGCUAGUGGUCAUGUUGCUAUUAAAAAAGCUGCUGCGAAAAAGAAGAAACCUGUUGAAGUAUCUCAUGUUGAUGUUGAAGCUAUGUUAUCUGUAGUUAAACGUGAAGGACAUUAUAUGAUUAAGAUGGUACCCACUGAGAAUCCUUGGAGUGAAGACAAUAAAGAUUAUUCUCCACUUGUAUUUGUUAUUUCUAAUAAGAGAGAUAAGAUUUACAGAGUGAAUCCUGAUGGUACUGAAGAAGUGGUAUUAGAAUGUGAUUGCAAUUCUGAAACAUCUUCAAUUUCUGAAGGAGAGUUUGAAAUAAAUUAUACACCACCUAUACUAAUGGUUGAUAAACCAGAAGAGAAAAAUAGACAAAAUAAAACGACACAAUAUAAUCUUGAAGAUACAAUGGCACCUCCAAUAAGAUUUAGAAAAUCAAGUGCUGGUUUCAAAGAAUAG